UCGGAUAAUCAAGCAAAGCCAGCCGUCUCAAAUUCUGAACUGAUAGAUUACAGGAAAAGUAGCUAGUCAAUAUUGCCCACGGCUCCAAAGUGCAGAGCGUGAGGUUUUUUUAGGAGUGGAUGAACCGAAACGCAAACAAAGGACCUUAGGAUCAUAGCCCGCACUGCUACCAUAAGGUCAUUUCCGGUUCCUGCAGUUGUUAAAUGUACGAAGUAGUACUGACUACUGAGGAUAUCAUCGGAGUUCUCAGCCAUGAUGCUCCUUUGUCUUUAAUCUUGUAAUGGCAGUCGUAUGUUUAUAUCAACACCCAGCUCUAAGUGUUGGAAGGACAAGACAAAUCCUAUGUUGCCUCCAACAGCAGAAGACACAAGCUGUUGUCACAAGCCUUCAAACAGAAUAUUGUUACUAUGUGCAACUAAAAAUAGGAUGUGAUAAAUUAAAUGCUGAUCAACAGUCUCAACUUUUUUGGCUUCUUAACCCAGGCUUUGGUUCUAGUGUGUUCACUGAACCUAAACUUUCUGAUAGAGAGCCAAAUACCAUUUUGAUAGAAAUUGGCCCUAGGCUGAACUUCUCAACUCCCUUCUCAACAAAUGCUGUUUCUAUAUGCCAUGCUGUUGGAUUAACCAGUGUUGUAAGGAUUGAACGAUCCAUCCAAUACCUCAUUUCCUUUCAACCGUUAGCAGACUGUUAUCUAUCAGCAGAAGAUACAAAACAGAUAUGUGAUGUAUUGCAUGAUCGCAUGACAGAAUGUAGAUAUUUAGAGCCAGUCAGUAGUUUUGACAUGAAAGUGACUCCACAUCCAUGGACUGAAGUCAAUGUUCUUGAGAAAGGACAAAAGGCUCUGGAAGAAACUAAUCAAGAGUUAGGUCUUGGUUUUGAUGACUGGGAUUUAAAUCAUUACACAAGUCUUUUUCGUGACCAUAUGAAAAGGAACCCAACUACAGUAGAAUGUUUUGAUCUUGCUCAGUCUAACAGUGAGCACAGCCGACAUUGGUUCUUUAAAGGACAACUAGUUAUCAAUGGACAUAUGAUAGAAAAGUCACUGAUUGAUACAGUGAUGGAAACUCAGCUAUCUAGCAAUGAUAAUAAUAUCAUCAAGUUUUCAGAUAAUAGCAGUGCUAUUUUAGGUUACGAAGUUACAGAAUUGUUUCCUUCUGAUACCACUGAAUCCAGUGUCUUUCAAACCAGGUCUGAAAAACAACAUAUCAUUUUUACAGCAGAAACUCAUAACUUUCCUACAGGAGUUGCUCCAUUCAGUGGAGCGGCUACUGGCACUGGUGGCAGAAUAAGAGAUGUUCAUGCUGCAGGACGAGGUGCACAUGUUAUUGCUGGAACAGCUUCAUAUUGUUUUGGAAAUCUCAAUAUUCCUGGCUACAAACUUCCCUGGGAAGAUGAAACAUUUGAAUAUCCUAGAAACUUUGCCCUGCCUGUGGAAAUAAUUGUUGAAGCUAGUAAUGGAGCAUCAGAUUAUGGUAACAAGUUUGGGGAACCUGUUUUGUUGGGUUUUGCAAGGUCUUUUGGAAUGAAACUUCCUGAUGGUCAUCGAAGGGAGUGGGUGAAACCUAUCAUGUUUUCUGGUGGUAUUGGAAGUAUUAAUGAAAAGUGUGUCCAAAAAUUGGUUGCAGAAAAAGGUAUGACUGUGGUCAAAAUUGGUGGUCCAGUUUAUAGGAUUGGUGUUGGUGGUGGUGCAGCAUCUUCCAUCCAUGUUCAAGGAGAUCAAAAAGCAGAACUGGACUUUGGUGCUGUGCAGCGAGGAGAUGCAGAGAUGGAACAGAAAUUAAAUCGUGUCAUCAGAGCAUGCAUUGAAAGACAUGAGAAAAACCCUAUACUUAGCAUUCACGAUCAAGGUGCUGGAGGAAAUGGAAAUGUUUUGAAAGAAAUUGUGGAACCAGCUGGUGCUAUUAUCCAUGUGUCACAGUUUCAGCUUGGUGAUCCCACGAUAAACACUUUGGAACUAUGGGGAGCAGAAUAUCAGGAGAGUGAUGCUAUUUUAAUAAAUAACAGAGAACAAAAGAUACUAGUGAAGAUUGGAUGUCGAGAAAAAUGCCCUGUGAGCUUUGUAGGAGAAGUCACAGGAGAUGGUCGAAUUGUUUUGUCUGAAACAUCUUGUGAUAAUAAAGUAGGAAGGCAACCAGUUGAUUUGGAUUUAGAGUUAGUGUUGGGGAAGAUGCCAAGAAAGGUGUACCAUGAUAAAAAAAUGACACUACUCUGUCAUCCACUUACUUUACCUGAGAACCUAACUGUCCGACUAGGUCUGGAACGGGUUUUACGGCUCCCUUCUGUGGCCAGUAAGAGAUACCUAACAAACAAGGUUGAUCGAAGUGUGACUGGAUUGGUAGCUCAACAACAGUGUGUUGGACCACUUCAUACUCCAUUGGCUGAUGUAGCUGUUGUAGCAUUAUCCUACUUUGAUUUAGUUGGUGGAGCUACUUCGAUAGGAGAACAACCAAUCAAAGGGCUUAUAAAUCCAGCAGUUGGUGCAAGAAUGUCUGUAACAGAAGCAGUCACAAACUUAAUGUUUGCUAGGAUUACAUCACUUCAAGAUGUGAAAUGUAGUGCCAAUUGGAUGUGGGCUGCUAAACUCCCAGGAGAAGGUGCUGCUUUAUAUGAAGCAUGCCAAGCCAUGUGUGAAACAAUGUCAACAUUAGGAAUUGCUGUAGAUGGAGGAAAAGAUUCACUGAGCAUGGCAGCGAGACUAGGCUCUGAAACUAUCAAAGCACCAGGAUCUAUUGUAAUCUCUGCAUAUGCUCCAUGUCCUGAUAUUACUGCCACUGUGACACCAGAUCUCAAAUGUCCUGAUGGAUGUGGAUAUCUUGUAUACAUCAACUUGUCUGGAAGAAAAAGUCGCCUGGGAGGAACAGCUCUGGCACAAUGUUUCAAUCAAUUAGGAGAAGAAGUUGCAGAUUUGGAAAGUCCACAAAUGUUAAGAGAUGGUUUUUCUGUCACGCAAGAUCUUAUCAAAGAUGCUAUGCUUACAGCAGGCCAUGAUAUUAGUGAUGGGGGACUCAUCACAUGUUUGUUAGAGAUGGCCUUUGCUGGCAAUUGUGGUAUUAAGGUGGAUAUCAAGAAUAUCUCUCUGUCACCAGUUUCUUUCUUGUUUGGAGAAGAAGCUGGUUGGAUAAUAGAAACUCGACGCUCAGAUCUAAGUCAUGUUCUUGAAGCUUACCAGUCUAAGGGCAUUCCUUGUGUAGUAGUUGGUCAAUCACAAGGUUUUGGACCAGCAACUGAGGUAUCAUUUUCUGUGAAUGGAAUUAAAAUAUUUCAAGACAAGAUGACAUUGCUCCGAGAUAUUUGGGAGGAAACCAGUUUUCAGCUGGAACUGAGGCAGACAAAUCCAGACUGUGUGAAUCAAGAGAAGACUGGGUUAGCUACAAGGACCUGCCCACCAUACAAAAAAACGUUUGAACCUGUUCAAAGAACACCAUAUGAAAUAUUAUCAAAACCUCAAGUAGCAGUUAUUCGGGAAGAAGGUACUAAUGGAGAUCGUGAGAUGGUAGCAGCUCUACAUAUGGUUGGAUUUGAUGUAUGGGAUGUAACCAUGACAGAUCUACUAAGAGGUGAUAUCUCUCUAAACAAGUUUCGUGGGUUGGUUUUUCCAGGUGGUUUUAGCUUUGCAGAUGUUCUUGGAUCAGCUAAAGGGUGGGCAGGAAGCCUUAUAUUUCAUAAGGAGCUCAACAGUCAGUUUACAGCUUUUUACAGCCGACAUGAUACAUUUAGCCUUGGAAUAUGUAAUGGCUGCCAGUUGAUGGCUUGGUUGGGAUGGAUCUGUCCAACUAAGGAUGAAAAUGAAAAAACUAUAGGAGGAACCCUUCUGACUCAUAAUCUCUCAGAGCGGUUUGAGUCCCGUUUUGUAACUGUUCGGAUUGAGGAAAGCUCGAGUAUCAUGCUGAAAGGAAUGGAAGGAUCUGUGUUGGGGGUAUGGGUUGCUCAUGGUGAAGGACGAUUCAUCUUUAAAGAAGAUAGUAUCUCUGCUGAUAUAGAAGCCAAUAAUUUAGUAGCUGUGAGAUAUGUAGAUGAUUAUGGACAACCAACAACACAGUAUCCACUAAACCCCAAUGGGAGUGAAAGAGGGAUAGCUGGACUGUGUUCUCAUGAUGGUCGUCAUCUUGCCAUGAUGCCCCAUCCUGAACGUUGUAUCUUUCCUUGGCAAUGGGCCUGGAUGCCAGAAGAUUGGAGGAACAUUAAAGUUUCUCCAUGGUUAAGAAUGUUUCAGAAUGCUUUUGACUGGUGUGUGGAUAAUUCAAUCUUCUGAGUAGUUUACAAAUUUGUUAAAUGUUUAUAUAUACUACUGUUACUUUCAUACUUUGAUAUUUCUUACUUUUGUCACUUUUUAAACAAAAAAGUGUAUUAACAUGCAAUAUGGAUUAACACUGUCCCAGUCGUAUAUAGUUUCUGCAUAAUUUCUGUGCAUUAUUGUACUUCUUACCACACAAAAAUAAAUACUUGAAGCUUAA